AUGACGCGAGGAAACCAAAGGGAAGUUGACAGAAUUAGAUCUUUAAAAAGAAAUGAUAAAGCAAAACAAAAUAGUACAGUGAAGGAAGCUUCAAAAAAUUUAAAUGUUAUUUGUAAAUUAUGUAGACACACAUUUAUGUGUACAGUCAAUCAAUCCAUUUUGAAAGAACAUCAUGAAAAGAAGCAUUCAAAACAUGCAUAUGAAGACUGCUUUUAA